CAUGGCGCUGCAUAGCAACGUCGAUUGUAUACGUCACACUGCAACCAAUAACAAAGGGUAGAGCUUCAUCUUAAUUCUUGUGUUUCAUGUUCAGCAUCCUCCGGAUUAGAUUGGCGUUUUUUUUUUGAAGGUACUCCUACGCUAAAAGUCUUCCAAAGUAGCGGAAAACGGCGCUUUCGUCCCUCUCUGGAUAAUCAUGGCGCCCUUUUUUGCGCUAGCGGCCUCCGCUCUUUUAGGAAGUGUGUCUGCAGCAGUUGAACAAGUUAAAACAUGGGGAAGAAUCAACUGGGUCUCACUGAAGGAAGGACAGAAACUGGCUAAAGAACAGGGAAAGCCAGCCAUGAUUGUGUUCCAUAAGCCAUGGUGCAGGGCUUGCAAGGCAUUGAGGCCACGAUUUGCAAACAGCAGAGAGAUCGAACAGAUGAGUAACGACUUUGUCAUGAUCAGUGUCGAGGAUGAUGAAGUCCCCAAGAGUGCUGAUCUAAGCCCCGACGGCGCCUAUAUUCCAAGGAUUCUAUUUUUAGACGCUGAAGGCAAUGUGAUGAAACACGUAGUAAACAAAGGCAGUGAAGGAUUUAAGUACUACUACUAUGAAACUGAUUCAAUUGUUGACAGUAUGAAGAACGUCCUGAAACAAACCGGAGGUGGCCGUUCUCUCAAGAACAUGAUGCCCCCAAAACCAGUGUCAAAAAAGAAUUAAGUUGCCAUAGAACUUUCUCAAUGGAACAAAUCGCUAAUUUUACCAUCUGCCCACAUGGCAUGUCAAUGGAAGCUGACACAUAAACAAAUACAUUCUCAAUGAGUCAAAUACA